AUUGGGGGAAUCGCUCAGAGAUGUCUCAGGGCGCUCUGGCGCGCCUGCUGUCCGACGGCGUCUGCCGGGCCGGCGCCGUGCUCGAGCCGGGCCUGGCGGCAGCCGUCCUCGCGCAGCAGGACGCGGCCGGAGCAGCCCUGCGCGGGCUGACCCCGAGGACGCGCUGGGCAGGCUCGCGCCGAUCCACAGCGGCAGGCUCCGCUACGACCUGGCCGUGGAGCUGACGCCCCCCGCGCGCGCGGCCCUGCGGCAGGCCCUGCUGCGGCUCGGGCCGCUGCUGAGCGCCGCGCUCGCCGGCAGCGGAGCGGAGCGCGAGGCGGCGCAGCGGCGCGUGCGCCUCGUCGAGUUCGGGGCCGUGACGUCGUGCGCGGGCGCCGGCGCGCAGACCUGGCACGCGGACGUGGACCUCUGCGGGGCGGACGAGAGGGCCGCGCGCAUCUGCUGCGUCUUCGUCGCCCUGCACGAGGUGGGCGAGGACUCGGGGCCCACGGAGGUGCUGCCGGGGACGCACACGCGGGAUUUCCACAUGGCCGCGCUGCGCGGCGCUGGCACGCGCGGCCGCUCCCAGCGCCGCCCGCCGUCGAAGCGCGCGCGGGGGCCCGCCCCGGUGAGCCCCGCCGAGCUCGCGGCGGCGGCGUGCCGGCUGGCGCCGGCCGCCGCCGAGCGCCUGUCGCUGGGCGUGGGGGAGGCGGUGGUGAUGGAUGCCGCCAGCUUCCACCGGGGCGGGGCGAACCUGUCCGCAGGCCGGCGCACGCUGCUGCACUUCGCGGUGGUGGGCGACAGCGGUGGUCGCCUGCCAGAGAGCUUCACGUACACCAUCGUGCCCGAGGCGCGGUCUCCCUUCCUGCCGAUCGCGGCGUUCCUGCGCGCAGAAGCGCCAGAGGGCCUGCGCGACGCGACGAGCGGCAGGUCUCGCGAGGGCGAGCUCGCGGAGGGUGACUCCGCCCGCGCCGCGUGA